AUGUCGUCAAAGAUCGAGGCCCAAGCCCCCCGUGGCACCGCCAUGAUCUUCCUACCCACUGCCGAACGCGACAAGUCCCCCAUCUCAAGCAAGCCAUGUCCCGAGCAGCACAAACCUAAGCCGAAGGUUGAAGUCAAUGCGGCCCUCCUCUCGACGAAGAGCUCUGCCAGGAGCAAGGGAACGAAGAAAGCAAAGAAGCUCGCCAUCGACUUCUCCAUUGCUGGUUCCGAAAAUGAGGAGCUAUACGAUGGGAGCAAGGAGUCCGCACCCGCCGAGGAACAGCACAAGGAGGUGGAUGAUGAUGGUCGAUACGACGAAGAUGGAGUGGAGGCCAAGAUUGCCGGUGCCAAGGUGGCUACCAAGCGUCCUGGUAAGGGCGAUGGACUCUGGAACUCUGACACACCUAGUACUCCGGAGUACGUCGACGAUGCUCCGAUUGGAUACACGUUGAUGAAUUGA